CGGCGCGCCCGGGGCGGGGCCUACGACCUCCCCGGGGAAGGCCGAGGCUGGGGGCGGACGGCAGGCGGAUAAAAGGCCCCCUGGGUGCCCGGGAGUCCCGUUAGCACAACUCCGCCGAGGAGCCUGGCCCAGCCUCGACCGCCUGAUCCAGCUGGUGCCCUUGAAGUCUCCAUGAUGUGGUCCCCACCAGCCACCAUCUCCUUGUUCCUGCUGCUGCUGCUGCUAGGCCAGGCCCCCUUCAGCAGGCCACAGUCACCAGGUGCUAAGAAGCUCCGGCUGGUGGGCCCAGCAAACAGGCCAGAGGAGGGCCGCCUGGAGGUGCUGCACCAGGGCCAGUGGGGCACUGUGUGUGAUGAUGACUUUGCUCUCCAGGAGGCCACAGUGGCUUGCCGACAGCUGGGCUUUGAAUCAGCCUUGACCUGGGCACACAGUGCCAAGUAUGGCCAAGGAGAGGGCCCCAUUUGGCUGGACAAUGUGCAUUGUUUGGGCACUGAAAGCACCCUAGACCAGUGCGGAUCUAAUGGCUGGGGUAUCAGUGACUGCAGACACUCAGAAGACGUUGGAGUGGUGUGCCAUCCACAGCGCCAGCAUGGCUACCACUCUGAGAAGGUCUCCAAUGCCCUGGGACCCCAGGGCCGGCGGCUGGAAGAGGUACGGCUCAAGCCCAUCCUCGCCAGUGCCAAGAGGCACAGCCCAGUGACUGAAGGGGCUGUGGAGGUGCGGUACGAGGGCCACUGGCGGCAGGUGUGUGACCAGGGCUGGACCAUGAACAACAGCAGGGUUGUGUGCGGGAUGCUGGGCUUUCCCAGCCAGGUGCCUGUCAACGACCACUACUACAGGAAAGUCUGGAACCUGAAGAUGAAGGAUCCCAAGUCUAGGCUGAACAGCCUGACAAAUAAGAAUUCCUUCUGGAUUCAUCGGGUCGACUGUCUGGGGACAGAGCCCCACUUGGCCAAGUGUCAGGUGCAGGUGGCUCCAGGACGGGGCAAGCUGCGGCCAGCCUGCCCAGGUGGCAUGCACGCUGUGGUUAGCUGUGUGGCAGGGCCCCAUUUUCAUCCACAGAAGCCAAAGCCCCGGCGCAAGGAAUCCUGGGCAGAGCAGGAACUGAAGGUACGCCUUCGCUCUGGGGCUCAGGUGGGCGAGGGCCGUGUGGAAGUGCUUGUGAACCGCCAGUGGGGCACAGUCUGUGACCACAGGUGGAACCUCAUCUCAGCUAGCGUCGUGUGUCGUCAGCUUGGCUUUGGCUCUGCGAAAGAAGCCCUCUUUGGGGCCCAGCUGGGCCAAGGGCUAGGGCCCAUUCACCUAAGUGAGGUGCGUUGCAGGGGAUAUGAGCGGACCCUCAGUGACUGCCUCGCUCUGGAAGGGUCCCAGAAUGGUUGUCAACAUUCGAAUGAUGCUGCAGUCAGGUGCAACAUUCCUGAUAUGGGCUUCCAAAAUCAGGUACGCCUAGCUGGUGGGCGCAACCCCGAAGAGGGUGUGGUAGAAGUGCAGGUGGAGGUGAAUGGGGUCCCACGAUGGGGGACUGUGUGCAGUGACCACUGGGGGCUCACUGAAGCCAUGGUGACCUGCCGACAACUUGGCCUGGGUUUUGCCAACUUCGCCAUCAAGGAUACCUGGUACUGGCAGGCGACACCUGAGGCCAAAGAAGUGGUGAUGAGUGGGGUGCGCUGCUCAGGCACAGAGCUGGCCCUACAGCAGUGUCAGAGGCACGGGCCUGUGCACUGCUCCCACAGCCCAGGGCGCUUCUCAGCUGGAGUUGCCUGCAUGAACAGUGCUCCAGACCUUGUGAUGAAUGCCCAGCUGGUGCAGGAGACGGCCUACCUGGAGGACCGCCCACUCAGCCUGCUGUAUUGUGCCCAUGAGGAGAACUGCCUCUCACAGUCUGCUGACCAUAUGGACUGGCCUUAUGGACACCGGCGCUUGCUGCGCUUCUCCUCACAGAUCUACAACCUGGGUCGGGCUGACUUUCGUCCCAAGGCUGGACGCCACAGCUGGAUUUGGCACCAGUGCCACAGACACUACCACAGCAUCGAGGUCUUCACUCAUUAUGACCUGCUCACACUCAAUGGCUCCAAAGUGGCUGAGGGGCACAAGGCCAGCUUCUGUCUAGAAGACACAAACUGCCCAACAGGACUGCAACGGCGCUAUGCGUGUGCCAACUUUGGGGAACAGGGAGUAACUGUAGGCUGCUGGGACACCUACAGACAUGACAUUGAUUGCCAGUGGGUGGAUAUCACAGAUGUGAGCCCAGGGGACUAUAUCUUCCAGGUGGUUGUCAAUCCCACAAACGAUGUGGCAGAAUCAGAUUUCUCCAACAACAUGGUGCGCUGCCGCUGCAAGUAUGAUGGGCAGCGGGUCUGGCUGCACAACUGCCACACAGGUGAUUCAUACCGAGCCAAUGCAGAGCUCUCCUUGGAGCAGGAACAGCGACUCAGGAACAACCUGAUCUGAAGUCAUCACUGCACAUUCACAGCUCUGCUAACACACCAGAUACCUCAGCUUUUUGGAGCCAGCCAUUCACAGAGCCCUGACUCACAGGAAAAGGGGCCAGUGACAAGGAGCACCAAGAACCUGCUCAGGAAGUCUUCUGAUGGCCAGAUUACCCGCCCCCAGGAUGGUAGUGCUCUCUCAGGAUGGCUCUGGACCUCUUCCAAGCGCCUGUGGCUCUGGUCAGCUAAGCCUUCUCUUCUAUAAGGAGACUCAAUCUUUCCUGAAACUUACCAGAGUUCCCAGCUUCAGGAGCUCUUAGUUUCUGAGGGAUGAGCUGUGGCGCAAAGCAUCUAAGUGGUGCUUUACAAAUGUCUUGGAGGAACAGAGGACAGAGAACCAAAGUACACAAGAAGUGGAGUCAAUUCUCUGCCAUAAGCUCAAUGCGAAAUAACUGUCUAAGUCACACCUGGCAGAGACAUUGGUGAAUUCAGUCCCUCUCUAUCCUCUCAAUGUCUUUACCUUUAGCCAAUGUACAUAGGGGUGUUUCUAAUACCCCUAUAACUCAGGCCUCUAGCGUCCCACCAUCUCCUGAUGGGUCAAAAACCCCAGUUACUUGGGCUUGAGGAGGGACAAGUUUCACAGAAGUGCCUAGGCAGGGCCUUUCCUGUAAAGCAGCAAGAGAUCAAGAAGACUGCUGAGAUUCCAUAAACCCAGCCUCACUCAGGUCCUCUGCCAAGGGAAAAAAAUGUGUCCUAUACCUGGCAGGCAAUCCAGUCUUAGGAUUACCACACAUCUCAGGAUCACCCCAAAUUGCAGGUAUAAACCAAGUCAAUUUUGCCUUAAAUAAAUUUUUUUCAAUUGGAAAGAACAUCUACUCCCUGUAGGAAUACAAAGACAGGUCUGGUAGAGUAAGGGACAACAGACUAGAGAGACCAGAAGGAAGAACAUUAAUUUAGUUAAGGACUGAACUGGGGAAAGGCACCAUUCCUGCUGGAGGUGGCUGCCUAUGCUCUUGCUCAGGUGGUCUUGACCUUUUCUCCACUGACAUACACAGAGAUGAUCCUUAGAGGUCUGAUGCCCUAAUGCCAAUAAAGGUUGCUCAUUAUGGACUGCUACAAAGUCAAGACCAGCAGCGAUUGUGUACAGUUUCCAGCGCACUACAGUUUCUGCCUUCCCAGAGCUGGGAAGAAGAUGCACAGGAACACAGACUACUCAUGACAGUCCCUCCUGUCCCCUGUCCCCAUCACCACCCGCCUCCCGUAUGUAACACUAGUCAGAUAUUGACCUACAGUCUAGUCUGCUUCUCAGUUCCCCUCCCCAGGCUCAACACUGAAACAAGGGCCAGAAAGGUUAAGGGGUAAAGGAAGGAGAAGGUACAGUCCAAAGACUAUAAACUUUUAUACUAGAGGCUGUAAAACCUUAAAGGAAUGAUAGACCAAGCAAAUUUACAAUACUCUCCUUCCCGUGAUACAAGAGCUACCUGGACAGGGAACCAAAAGGGACAUGUUUUGGGGUACCCUCUGUGAAUACAAAGAAGUGCUUUCUUCCUUCCUUCCUCUCCUCCACCCCUCGUCUCCUUCAUUGGGCACGGGGAACCUAUUUUGGCAUGGCAGUUUAGGUAAACAAGGACUGAUUUCCUUUUGGAUCCAGCACACAUCUUACAAACAGUAACAGCAUUUAUACUCACACAUGCAGCUAGUGGUCUGUGAAAGAAUGUGCAGCUAGCUUGGGGGUGUUGGGGGGAGAUGGUGACUAAUGACUAGAUUUGAGCAGAAAGGUUACCCUGCGCUUCUCGAUGGAUCUAGUUUCCAAGAGGCCAGAAAAAAGCAGGCCAGGCAGCCAGCCACCAGCUCUGGUCUCAGUCAUGCUGCCCACAUCACAAGUUUGAUAGAUGCUGCCAGUUCCAAUUCCUGGAAAAAACCAUACAAGGGCUGUGCUGUUAUACUUCUGAGUUGAAAGGAAAAGACACGGGAAGACUGGUGGCUGGCAUGAGUUAUAACUAGAUGAGGAAUGUUAACAGAAUACCAACCACCAAAUUCCAGACAGAACCAAAAACCUCAGAAGACUUUCACCUUGGCACACUUUGGCCCCAGAGAAACUGAGUGCUCAGAACCUCAGCUUACUCUGCAGAAGCUAGCCAAUGUAAUUCUACAAAGGCUGUCAUGCUAUGAAGAGCAAACUAGAAUUCAAAUCUAGGUAACCCUGGGAUCUCAGUGUUCAACAUACAUAAGACACAGAUGCACAGCAGAGUACAAGAGACGUCUUCCCAAAUAUCUAACAUUUUCUCUCACAAUAGCCAUACUGUUCAAACAUACCUACUCAUCUUAAAAAGGUCUGUCUGUUCCAUGAGACAGUGGCAGCUCUAAGGUGUUCUCCAGUUACUCCUCUUAAAAAGGCAUAGUUCAGACAUAAACAAGCAACUGAUUCCCAAGCUCGAGGCAUGGCCAGGACUUCUUACCUUCAGCCAGUAGCAACCCCCAGCUACUAGAAUAA